GCAACGUAGGCCAAUAUUCGUUGUGAAGUGAAGUGGACACGUGCGUGAUGGAUUUGCGAAUAAAUAAAUAAAUAAAUGUGCAUUAACGUCAGUAUGUAGCGUUUGAGCUAAGUUGUAAGAAAGUGGUUACGAUCAUUAUGUAGUUUACAACAGUCACGUACAACUGUCAUUAAGAUGGAUUCAAAGUAUAAUGUAACAUACGGUACUCAAAGAAGUCCCCUGAAACAGAAACUGAAUGGGCCGACUACACUUUUUUUCCCUGAUAGCCCUAGCCCCAAACGACCAAAACUGGAAACUAAUGAGAAAACAAAUUCCUCGUGUGUUUUUAAAACAAGGAAACAAUUACCAGUGUUCUCUGUGCGCAAGAAGCUUGUCGCGGAGAUUCAGAAGCACCAGUCGCUCAUCGUCAUCGGCGAGACGGGCUGCGGCAAGACCACGCAGAUCCCGCAGUUCCUCCACGAGGAGCGCAUGGACCGGGACGGCAUGGUGGGGGUCACCCAGGUGCGUGCGUGGUCCGGGCACCGCGAGGCGUCUGCUCCGAGUGGGGCCGCGCCGCGUGGCGGCCAUGACCGUCGCCAAGCGCGUGGCGCAGGAGAUGGACACGGCGCUGGGCCAGCUCGUGGGCUACACGGUGCGCUUCGAGGACGUCACGUCGCGCUGCACCAAGGUCAAGUUCCUCACCGACGGCAUGCUGCUGCGGGAGGCCAUAGCCGACUCCCGGCUGAUGGCGUACAGCGUGGUGGUGCUGGACGAAGCGCACGAGCGGACCGUGCACACGGACGUGCUGUUCGGCAUCGUGAAGCAGGCGCAGAGGUUCCGGGCAGACAACGGCUUGAAGCCCCUCAAGGUGGUGGUGAUGUCGGCCACGAUGGACGUGGACCACUUCAGCCGCUACUUCGGGGGCAUCCCGGCGGUGUACGUGGAGGGCCGGCAGUUCCCGGUGCAGGUGUUCCACAGCGUCCGGCCACAGGAGGACCACGCCUUCAGCUCGCUGGUGUCGCUCUUCCAGAUACACCGCGAGGCCCCGCCCAAUGCUGACAUUUUAGUUUUCUUGACUGGCCAAGAAGAAAUUGAAGCCAUGGCUUACAACGCGCGCUUAAUUGCAAAGGACCUGGAGGGCCAGUGCGUCCCGCUGAAGGUCUACCCCCUCUACGCCUCGCUGCCGUCGCAGAUGCAGCUCGACGUGUUCCGGCCCACACCCCAGGGCGCCAGGAAGGUCGUGCUGAGCACCAACAUCGCGGAGACCUCGGUCACCAUCAGCGGGAUCAAGUACGUCAUCGACUGCGGGAAGGUGAAGAACAGGACCCACCACCCGGGCACGGGGCUGGACGUGCUGAAGGUGGAGAGCAUCUCGCAGGAGCAGGCCUGGCAGAGGACGGGCCGCGCUGGCCGCGAGUCCGAGGGCUUCUGCUACCGCAACUACACCCGGCAGGAGUUUGAGCGGUUCUCCAAGAACACGGUGCCGGAGAUCCAGCGCUGCAACGUGGCGAGCGUGGUGCUGCAGCUCCUGGCCCUGGGCGUCGACGCCGCGACGUUCGACUUCAUGGACAAGCCGCCGCCCGAGGCCGUGCAGGGCGCCGUGAAGCUGCUGCGGCUGCUCGGGGCCGUGGAGGGCACGGACGCGCCGCGCCUGACGGAGGUCGGCCGCACGAUGGCCCAGUUCCCGCUCGACCCCCGCUUCAGCAAGGCCAUCAUCGCCGCGCGCGACCUCAACUGUGUGGAGGAGGUCCUGAGCAUCGUGGCCGUGCUCUCCGGGGAGUCGAUCUUCGUAACUCCGCCCAGCAAGCGCGAGCGGGCGGCCGCCGCGCACCACAAGUUCCUGUCGGCGGCGGGCGACCACAUCACCAUGCUCAACGUGUUCCGCAACUACGCCAGCGUGCCGCAGAAGAAGCUGUGGUGCCAGGAGAACCUCCUGCACACACGCAACCUGCACUACGCCAGCAAGGUGCGCGAGCAGCUGGCGGACCUGUGCGCGCGGUGCGGCGUCGCGCUCACGUCGUGCGGGCAGGACACGGAGGCCGUGCGUCGCUGCCUGCUGGCCGGGCUCUUCACCAGCGUCGCGGAGCUGCACCGCGACAGGCACUACAUCACCGUGGACUCGAGGCAGGUGGUGGCCGUGCACCCGGCGUCCGCGCUGGCCCUCGCGCGGCCGCCGUGCGUGCUGUUCACGGAGCUGGUGCAGACGGGCCGCUGCUACAUGCGCCACCUGUCCGAGGUGGAGCCCGCCUGGCUGGAGGACGUCGCUCCGGAGUACGCCCGCCUGCACCGCCUGGCCCGGUGACGUUGCUCCUACACCUCGCUGUCUCCUCCUCGUUGGGCGGCGGGGGGAACACGUUUGUUUGAGCCCGCGUCUUUAGUCCACGAACCAGCCGGAUUAGGGAUUCUUCUGUACAAUCGAACGUCAAUAUAGUUUUAAUGGUAAUACCUAGAGGCAAGAUUAUGUGGUGAAUAGCGAUAAAACCGAAAUAAGUAAAUAUACAGUAGAGUCCCGCUAAUCCGAAAAUCCGCCUAAUCCGAACAGGGCUAGGAUAAAAAAUUUUUUUAUAUCAUUUAAGAACUAAGAAAAGUAAAGAAAAAAAAGUUUUUUCAAGUAAUUUUGUACGUUUAUUAAUAUUUACAUAAGAAACUUAUAGUUUAUCUAUCUAUCUAUCUAUCUGAUUAAUUAAAAAUAUUAUAUGACACUAAAAUGUAGGCUAAAUAAUUAAGGUGUAUUUUUCGUCUGUCCUUCCUUACAUAUUUGAUAUAUCAGACACUAAAUACGCCUCAAAAAGACAAUAUAUGGCAUUAUAUGACAAAAUUCCCCCUAAUCCGAAUUUUCGCUAAUCCAAACAGGGUUCGGUCCCAAUUAGUUCAAAUUAGCGGGAUUCUACUGUACAGCCAAACAACGAAAUGCGAAGCUAAACACAAAAUACAACAAAAUUCAGCUCAAGUACCUCGUUUUGUCUGAUAAAAUAUCAAAUUGAUUGCACAAUUAUUUAGUCAAGGCUAUUAUUAAAAACCUAAAUAUUACGUUGGUAAUAAGUAAAAAGUUUUAUUUACUUCGUAAGUAUUUUUUUUAAAUGUGGUUUUUGAGUUUUUAAAUUGAAUUUUUUAAUUCAUAUUAAAGAGUUUUGGAAUAAUAAGACAGCUACAAAAAGUAAAAUUUUUAAUUUGAAAAAAUUUAGAACUUUUUUGUUAACUAAGAAACACUACAGAAGAAUAUAUUGAAUUUUUUUUUCUUCUGUUUAACUUACUAUUAUCAAAGUAUGUAGUAUUGUUUUAUUUUAAAAUUUUAAGUGUCUUAACACAAAAGUUUGCAGCAAUUGUUUAACAUUAUGCUUCUGGAUGACAUGUACUUAUUACGUAUGUUUAGCGACAAGAUUAUAUGUUGUAUUGCGAUAAAACCAAAAUAACACUUAAAAGUCAAAACACCAUAUAACACCAAAAUGCAAGUUAUAUCAUGUAACUAUGUAGCAUUUAACUAAAACUUAUUUCAAAUCAUGAGAAAAAAAUUAAUCUUUCAAUGUUAGAAAUUCAAGGAAUGUCAAUUCCGAACAAAAAAUUGUACCAAGUUAAGGGUACAGAAAAAUUAAUUAAAUUUUAUUUAUUGUGCAUGUCUUAUUGAAUCACUUUUAAACUCCAAAUUCUCCUUUAUUUAUUUUUAUUGUGCUGAAUAUAUCUGUUCCAUAUAAUUCUAUUACAAAUUAUUUAAUUGUAAAAAUGCAGCAUAUAAAUUUUACCACUAUUUCAGUGGAGUAUUAUUACAAAACAACUUUUAUAAAAAAAUAAAAA